UCUGCUGGACUUAUCUGGAUGAACAUGGUGAUGACCACGUCCUCUGGACAGUUCAGCUUUAAAAGCAGAUUCAGCUGCCAGUUCACUAGUCACGCUAGUGAGACGAACACCAAGUAUGCACACUGUCUUUGGGAAAAAUGGCUCAGAGACUCCAGAGCCGGUGAAAGCUGAGGUGACAGGCUCCAUCCCACCAUGGCUAAAGGGAACUCUGCUGCGGAACGGACCGGGGCUCUUCUCUGUUGGAAACUCCAAAUACAAUCACUGGUUUGAUGGGAUGUCACUGAUCCACAGCUUCACCUUCACAGAUGGUCAGGUGAUCUACAGGAGCAAGUUCCUUAAGAGUGAAACCUACAAGCGAAACAUAAAAGCCAACAGAAUCAUCAUUACUGAGUUUGGAACUAUGGCUUAUCCUGAUCCCUGCAAGAACAUCUUCUCCAGAACCUUCACUCACCUGAGGAACAUCAUCCCUGACUUCACUGACAACAACCUGAUCAAUAUUAUUCGAUAUGGACAGGACUACUACGCCUCCUCAGAGAUCAACUACAUGAACCAGAUUGACCCCACUACUCUGGAGACCGUGGGAAGAAUAAACUACAGAAACCACAUCGCCUUGAACUUGGCCACAGCUCAUCCUCACUAUGACAAUGAAGGCAACACAUACAACAUGGGAACAGCCAUCCAAGGCUUUGGUCUGCCCAAGUAUGUCAUCUUCAGAGUCCCAGUCGACGCUAAAGACAAAGAAAACAAAGUGCCAGCCCUAAAGAAAGUUGAAAAAGUCUGUUCUAUCCCAAUGCGCUCCUCUCUGUUCCCGAGCUACUUCCACAGCUUUGGAAUGACAGAGAACUUCAUUGUUUUUGUGGAGCAGCCCUUUAAACUGGACAUCAUCAAACUUGGCACCGCCUACUUUAGAGGAGACAACUGGGGCAACUGCCUUAAAUUUGACAAAGAUGACAUAACGCUGUUUCACAUCAUCAACAGAAAGACAGGAAAGGAGGUGUCCACCAGGUACCAUGCUGACGCUUUGGUGGUCUUCCAUCACAUCAAUGCCUACGAAGAGGACGAUAACUUAGUAUUCGACCUAAUCACCUACACUGACGGACACCUUUAUGAAAUGUUUUACAUCAGAAAUGUAGUUCAAGAUGCGGAGAACUUUGUACAGGAAAACAAGAACUCCUCCAGACCUAUCUGCCAAAGAUUUGUGGUUCCACUCAAUGUCCACAAGGAAUCUCCCAGAGGUGUCAACCUGGUGACGCUGUCAGACACAUCAGCUCAGGCAAUUCUACAGGAGGAUGGCUCCGUCUACUGUCAGCCUGACACCGUAUUUGAAGGCCUGGAACUUCCUGGAAUCAACUACAACUUCAACACUAUGAAGUACAGAUACUUCUAUGGCUCCAGGGUUGAAUGGUCACCACAUCCUAACAAGAUUGCUAAAAUCGACAUUGUCACGAGGGAGCACCUGGAGUGGCAGCAGGAUAAAUGCUACCCCUCAGAGCCCGUGUUUGUGGCUUCUCCUGGAGCUGUGGAGGAGGACGACGGUGUAAUUCUGUCAUCUGUCAUCUCUCUCGAACCUGACGUCGCUCCGUUUCUACUUGUACUUGAUGCGAAAAACUUUAAGGAAAUCGCCCGAGCCACAAUUCCCACCAGUGUCCACAUAGACCUACAUGGCCUUUUUAUCCCUGCUGAUGUUUUGCAACCAACGCGUGAUGAUGACCAGGGGCGCCGCUAGUGAUUGUGGGGUCCACGGAGUGACUUUUUACUGUGCUCCCAACACAGACAGGCGGUUGAAAUUUUUUUAUGCUAAACCUAACCUUUUGACCUAAAACAAUGCAUACUAUGUUUUAUUUACUAUGCAUUAUAUAUUUGACUAUCAUUCCUAUUCAAGUUAUUGCUUAUUAUUUUAUGUUUUAUAAGUUUAUUUGGGGGCAGAGCUUAGUCAUGGGCCCCUAAAAUCAAUCUCCCCACAGAAGACGACACAACUGAUUAUACAAUAGGAUUUAGCAGUAAAUUGAGUAUUGUGGAUCCAAUCUGUAGAUCUUUUAUCAACUAUAAAGGGCUAAUUAAUAGCUGAAUCUAAUCAGUUUCUGUUGUGGUUUACAUUUUGGCUACUCAUUUCAACCUUUUUGAGAUGCUAUAGGCUCUUUGACCUACAGCUUGUGUUGAAAGCUAGACUAUAUAGUUUACAGUACAAUAUAACUAAUUUAUACGGUUAACAGUGUCGCUAAAUAAACAUUUAUUUUGUAGUUUUUAUUUAAGGGUUUUAAUGACCAUUUAACCGAGAAUGUUUAAAUAAAAAACGCUUAGUGACCUUGAUUUUCUCACAUUUUGCGUAUAGGAAAUUGCUGAGAGCUAUGUAAACCAUCAGUCAGUAUUUUCAGCACAUAUGGUAGACUUUUAAAUAACUUACCUUUAUUUCCCAGAUCCUAACAUCCAAACACAUUUGUGCAUUCACUGAUGAGCCUUAUUUCCUCUAAUCAACAUUUGAUUUGGUAUCAGUCCAUAAAAGUUGGGAGAUAUGCAAAGUCAGGAUUUGAAGGAAGACUUUUGUCUGAAUAAUAAAGAAUCGUGUGAAUUCCAAAGCAUUUUGACUUGAACUGACUUAACAUACUGGAAGUCAUAUUUAUUAAUGAACAAAGAAAUCCUUUUUAAAUUAUCUUUUUUUUUU